GAAGUGGGAUGAGUGACAGCUCCUCUGUCGUGUCCUCACUCUGGGAAUUCCUUUGGCUUGUCUUGGAUUUACUGUCAGUUGUUGCUGGUGUUUAUGUUCUUCACCUACGCAGGACCCAAGUGAUUCGUAUGGAGCGAACUUAUCAGCAGAAACACAAGACAAAUUGAAUGAUGACCAUUCUGACUAACAGCCUGCAAGAACUUUCUAAAAUUAGACACCAUGUCUAAUGUAGAUCAACUGGAAGAAAAUGUCAAAAAACUUCUUGUACGUCUACAAAAUGUUGAAUCAGGCAAACAGAUUGAAACACUAGUCCAGAUAUUGGAGGACUUGCAUGCUCACACCUUUUGUAACAAUGCAUCUGAAAUCUUUCAAGGCAAAAAUGUGCUCUCCCCACUGCUCCUGGUUUUAGAAUACUACACGAAAGUGGCAGUAGUACAAAAGGCUGGUUGGUCUCUUCUGUGCAGGUUAAUAGACAUUUGUCCAGACACUCUACAUAGCAUACAGAUCCCCAUUGACCUGGGGCAAGAAUGGGAUGUUCUUGGAAUCCAUCAGCAAAUUCUCAAAAUUCUGUCUAUCUACCUUACAAAUUUGAGUGUUUUGGUUAUUGGAUUGAAAGCUUUAACUACAAUCCUUGUUUCAGAUGUAGUUAAUUUUCUGCUGUUGGAUCAUGAUGCAGAUAUUUUCUUGCUGAUUUUUGAUGCCAUGAGAGCUUUCCCUGACCAUGAGGAAAUUCAGAUAUAUGGAUGUGAAGCAUUAUAUUUGCUUUUAAUAAAAGUUCCAGAAGAGCAAUUAACAGAGUUUGUUGAAAGCAAAGAUCAUGAAGCCAUCUUGAAAUUGAUCACAAAGUUUAACGAUACGGAAUCUGUACUGCUUCCAGCAUUGCGUGUGCUUCUUCCAUUAGCUGGCCCAUCCAGCAAUGUUGAAGUUCUCAUGUCUGGAAAUGUAAGAUGUUAUAAUCUAAUAAUGGAAGCCAUGAAAAACUUUCCAAACAGUGAGAAAAUUCAAGAAGUGGGUUGUUCCUUAUUUCACAAACUUACUUAUGGAAGUUUUUUUAACAUCCUUGUACUAAAUGAAGCUCACGAAGUCAUCGUAAAGUCCUUAAUAACAUAUCCUGCAAAUGCAAAAGUACAAUCCUCUGCCCUCAGCUGUCUGGCUCUCCUAACUGAAACAAUAUUUUUGAACAAAGACUUGGAAGAUUUUGAAGAUACAGAAGACACAGGAGAGCAGCUUUAUUGGUUUGAGGCUGCUUUAAAAGCAUUAAAACUGCAUAAGAAAAGCACAGAUGUCCAGGAAGCUGCAUGCUGGGCAUUGAACAACCUUUUGAUGUACCACACUGACCUUCAUAAAAAAAUCGGGUAUGGGGAGCAUCAGUACCCGGUACACACGGAAGUCAUGCUGUCUAUGUUGAUGCAUUCUUCAUCCAAGGAGGUUUUCCAGGCAUCAACUACUGCUUUGGCAACCUUGUCUGAACAUAAUGUGAACAUUCGAAAGGAUUUGUUGGAGAAAGGUGCUCAUAUCAAUGUUCUAGAAAUUAUGAAGAAACAUCAGGACGUGCCAGAAGCUUCUGAAAGUGCCUGUAGAGUUCUUAAUCAACUUUUUAAUGGAAGCAUUAUUAAUUUGGAUGUAAAGUAUGUGUCUGUUACAAGCGUUACAAAUGCAAUGAAAAAGCAUAAGAAGGUGUCUGCUGUCCAGUUGGAAGCACUACGUGUUUUGUUGCAAAUUGUGUUCUAUGAUGGAGCAAUUGAUGUACAGAAAAAUGCACAUAAUUCAGUGGAAGGCUCUUGCCUUAAUCUCCCGCUGAAAGUGAUUAAGAAUCAGUGUCUAUCUGAAGGAAUUCACACAUUAGUGUUACAGGCACUGAACAAAUUCAUAGGUAAUCCCGCUAUUCAGGAAUGUGGACUAAAGCUUCUUGGUUGUAUAACAGAAUGUCCAGGUGCCCUGGAUUUGCUCUCAGAACACGGCGCUUUAGAUUCUGUUCUCCACACGCUCCAGAUGUACCCAGGAGAGCAAGAAAUUCAACACUUUGGAUUGUCGUUGGUAUCUACCUUAAUUACUAAAAAAAACUUGUGCAUCGCAACAAUGCACCUUCUGUCUACGCAAUUAGUUUCUGCAUUGCAACGGUACAAGGACGAUGUUGAAAUACAGAAGGAGGGAUUUCAAACUGCUUUAACAUUAAUGAAAUUCUCACCUAGUUUUGCAAAACUUUUAGAACUCGAGGAAUUUGACAACGUGCUUUUUUAUCAGAUAUCAAUGUGUUUGGUUAACAGGCGGGAUCAAAAGUUUCAGAGCUUGUGUUAUGGAUGCUUUGCUGAAAUGACUUCUGAAGAGGAACUAAAAAACAAACUUCUGGUAAAAGCUUGUGCUGAAAACCUCCUUGUAGUAGUGGAGUGCUUGCUUUUGUUAGGUGCGGACGUCAAUAAGAAAACAAAACACACCACAUUAAUCGUUCAGGUUUGUGAAAAGGGAAUGAACCCUAAACUUGUGGAGCUAUUGUUAAAUUAUGGAGUCCGUGAGCAGGAUUCUCGGAAAGCCUUGCAAGUCAGUAUUAAGAAGUGCAAUAAUCAGAUCAUCGGUUUGCUGCUCAAAAAGAUUGGUUUAGAUGUGGCCAAUAAUAGUAUAUGUUUGGGAGGCUUGCAUAUGGGGAAAAUAGAACCAUUGUGGCUCAGUCCUUUGUUCACAGAAAAACAAACAACAUCAAAGCAACCCGCAGUAAACAAUGAGUGCAAAAGUGAUUCCGGCCCCAUUUUGGCAAGGACGAUUUUGCGAUAUCAGAGAAAAAUGAUUGGAAUGGAUGGUAGCAGAUCCUCUAGCGACUUAAGUUAUACUGAAGAGAUUCAUGAUAAAGGCAAUGAUUGCCCCUUCUCACCUGAUGGUAUUGACGAUAUAUACAGCGAUGGAGUAGACAGUGAAGGAAGUGAAGGAUCAUUGCAAAUAAAAAAAUCUCAAUCUUUUGCCAGUCUGGAUAACUUAAAGUCAGAUCUUGGGACCAGACAAAGACAUUCAAACUCAUUGGGAUCAUUUGGAGAUGACUUGGUACAAAGAAAGAAAGAUUUUCAGAUUGACUAUCUAGGUGUAUCUGCAAAGACUCAUUUACAUAAAAGAUCUGAUAGCUUUUCAUCUUUGACUGAAAAAGAGUACAUUAAAUCUCUAGAUAUUUCAGCCAAUGACUUGGAAAGUGUAGACCUGGCACCAAAAAAAUCAAGUUUAACGAGUCAUUUAGAACGUCUUGAAAAAUUGGAACUUCAACAGAACUCACUGUCUUUAAUUCCAAAAUCCCUCUGUGAAGCAUUAAAAUGUUUGACUUAUCUGGACUUACGCAACAAUAGUUUUAAAUCUUUCCCCUCUUGUGUUUUGGAGAUAUCCAGCAUCAUAACUCUUGAUAUUUCAAGGAAUGAAAUUGGUCCGUCUUUAGAGUUAAAUUUAAUUACAAAAUGUCCAUCCUUAAAACAUUUGAAUUUAUCAUACAACCAGCUUAAAUGUUUCCCAGAAAGUAUUGGGGAUGUUGCUCAGAAGCUAGAGGAAUUAAUACUUGAAGGAAACAAUAUUUCUGAGAUCUCUUCACCACUUUGCCUGCCAGAGCUGAAGAUUUUAAACCUAAAUAAAAAUGCGUUAUCGUCACUGGUAUCCGGAUUUCUUAAUAAUUGUACAAAGCUGGAAACUCUUACUGUCAUGACAAACUCCCUUGCUUCUGUCCCGAGUAUCCCAAUGAAAAUUGCAACAGUAAAAGUAGCUCAUAAUUCAUUUUCAAAUAUUCCAAAAGAAAUUCUACAACUACCUCACUUAAGAUCAAUAGAUUUAAGUAACAAUAAUAUUGCAAGUCUACCUGGACCUGUAGAGUGGACCUCAAUGAAUUUAAGAGAAAUUUUCUUGAACUGCAACCAGAUAACCAUCCUGGAACUUGGUAGAGAUGCAUGCAAAUGGUCAAGACUUGAAAAAUUGCAUCUUUCUCACAAUAAAAUCAAGGAGAUACCACCUGAAAUCGGCUUUCUUGAGAAUAUGACAUCUUUCGAUGUAAGUUUUAAUCCUGACCUUAGAUCUUUUCCUGAUGAAAUGGGAAAACUUUCCAAAGUUUGGGACCUUCCUCUCGAUGGAUUAAAUCUUGACAUAGAUUUGAAGCACAUAGGGUGUAAAGCAAGGGACAUAAUAAGAUUUCUUCAACAGCGUUUAAAGAAAGCUGUUCCUUAUAACCGGAUGAAAUUAUUAAUCGUGGGAAAUACAGGAAGUGGGAAGACGACUUUGCUACAACAUCUAAUGAAAUCCAGAUACCCAGAGCAAGGGCAGGAGAAAUCAACUGUGGGUGUCGAUGUAAAGGACUGGCAAAUCCUGAUAAGAGGCAAAAUAAAGAAAGAGAUUGUAUUAAACGUCUGGGAUUUUGCAGGGCAAGAGGAAUUCUACAGUGCUCAUCCUCAUUUUAUGACUCCACGCGCCUUGUAUGUUGUUGUUUAUGACCUCAGCAAAGGCCCAUCUGAAGUUGACUCCAUCAAGCCUUGGCUGUUCAACAUCAAGGCCCGUGCCCCAUCAUCCCCAGUCAUUCUUGUGGGUACUCAUCUAGAUGUUUCUGAUGAAACACACCAGAAAGCCUGUAUAACUAAGAUAAAAACCGAACUGGUUAAUCAGCGUGGGAUUCCCUCUAUCCAUGAACACCAUUUUAUCAAUGCCAAUGAGGAAAAUGACCUUUUGGCAAAGCUUAGAAAGGCAAUAAUAAAGCAGUGUUUAAAUUUCAAGAUUAGAGAUCAGCCUGUUCUUGGGCAGCUUAUCCCAGACAGUUACCUUGAGCUUGAGAAGAGAAUUUUAAAUGAACGGAAAAAUGCUGCUGUUGAAUUUCCUGUUAUCAUCCACCAAAGAAUGUUGGACAUUUUAACAGAAAAUCAUUUACAACUGGAUGAAAAUGAACUACAACAUGCUGUUCAUUUCCUUAAUGAGUCAGGUGUAUUGCUGCACUUCAAAGAUCCAGCACUCCAGCUUCAAGAUCUUUAUUUUGUGGAGCCACAGUGGCUUUGCAAAAUCAUGGCACAGAUUUUGACUGUGAGAGUUGAUGGAUGUCAGAAAUAUCCUAAAGGAAUUAUCAAUUGUUCUGAUGUGAAGAAUUUUCUUAAGAAGAAGAUAAAGUUUCCUGAAAAUUACAUGUCACAGUAUUUUAAGUUGCUGGAAAAGUUCCAAAUAGCUUUACCUUUGUCGGGCGAACAGCUUCUUAUUCCAAGCAGUUUGUCUAAUCAUAAACCAGUGAUAGAACUUCCACACUGCGAGAAUUCUGAGGUUAUCAUAAGAUUAUACGAAAUGUCAUAUUUUCCAAUGGGAUUCUGGUCAAGACUAAUAAAUCGGCUUCUGGAAGUAUCUAAUUACAUGCUGUCAGGAAGAGAACGAGUCCAACGCCCCAAUAAAAUGUAUUGGAGGCAGGGUAUCUAUCUGAACUGGUCUCCUGAAGCUUACUGUUUAGUAGAAUCAACAAAUCUAGACUGCAGCCCUAAUAGUUUCCUGAAAGUGACUGUUCCAUCUUGCAGAAAAGGUUGCGUUCUAUUGGGGCAGGUUGUUGACCACAUAGAUUCACUAAUGGAGGAGUGGUUUCCUGGUUUACUGGAAACUGAUAUUUGUGGCGAAGGUGAAUCCCUGUUGAAAAAGUGGGUGUUGUACAGCUUUGAUGAUGGUCAAGAGCAUCAAAAAAUAUUACUGUCCAAUUUACAAACAAAAGCCGAAGAAGGUGACUUGCUGGUAAAUCCAGACGAUCCCAGAUCAACGAUUGCUAUAUCUCAAAUUGCACCUGACCUUAUGUUGGCGGAUCUACCUAGGAAUAUAAUGUUAAACAAUGAGGAACUAGAGUUUGAACAGGCACCUGAGUUUUUGUUGGGUGAUGGCGGAUUUGGAUCAGUUUAUCGAGCUUCAUAUAAAGGAGAAGAUGUAGCUGUGAAAAUUUUUAACAGACAUACUUCCCCAAGGCUUUUAAGACAGGAACUUACAGUUCUCAGUCAGCUUCACCACCCUAGUUUGGUAUGUUUGUUAGCUGCUGGAGUGCGGCCAAGAAUGCUAGUGAUGGAACUAGCUCCAAAGGGUUCAUUGGAUCAUCUGCUUCUGCAGGACAGUGCCAGCCUCACCCGAACCCUUCAGCACAGAAUAGCUCUGCAUGUCGCUGAUGGCUUGAGGUACCUUCAUUCUGCUAUGAUCAUUUAUAGGGAUUUGAAACCUCAUAAUGUCCUGCUGUUUUCAGUUCACACAAAUUCAGCUGCUAUUGCCAAAAUUGCAGACUAUGGCAUAGCUCAGUAUUGUUGUCGUAUGGGCAUCAAAACUUCAGAAGGAACUCCUGGAUUUCGGGCACCAGAAGUUGCAAAGGGUAAUGUUAUUUAUAACAAGCAAGCUGAUGUGUAUUCAUUUGGUUUACUUCUGUAUGACAUUCUCACAUGUGGAGCUAGAAUGGCUGAAGGGAUGAAGUUUCCUAAUGAAUUUGAUGAGUUGGCAAUCCAUGGAAGACUUCCUGAUCCCGUAAAAGAAUAUAAUUGUGCUGCAUGGCCAGAGGUUGAAUUAUUGAUUAAAAAGUGUUUGAAAGAGAAUCCUGAUGAACGUCCAAAAUCUGCUGAGGUAUACAACAUCUUGAAUUCAGCUGAACUUCUCUGUUUGAUGAGAAAUCUGGUGGUACCCAGCCCUCUAACAGCUGAAUGCAUCGUGGCUGCUAAUCCGUGUUUCAAAAAGCCUACUGUUUGGAUAGGAAGUGGCAGCAGAGACAAAGGGCAGAUAUGCACUAUCGAUUUGAUGAAAGGGGAACACACGUGUGAGGAUUUCUCAGAUAGCAGAAUCUUAUGUCUUACUCUUGUGGCGUUUCCUGGAGACAAAGAGCAUUGGAUCUUGGCAGGGACACAGUCUGGGGAUCUAUUGGUUGCAAAUACUGAGAAUUUGAAAGUAAAGCACUCCCUCCAGAAAAUGCCUGACUCUGUUACAUGCUUGUUCCUCUGUUGUAUGAUAAAGCAGGGUCAUAAGAAGACUUUUGUUCUAGUGGGGACAGCAAAUGGUCAAAUAGCAGUUUUUGAUGCUUCUGACAUAAAGUGUCAGGGAGCUUCCCCUUUCAAGAUGCUAACAGUGGGAGAUAUCAGCACUCCUGUAAUGUGUUUCUGUGAAUCCACAUACUCUUCUGAGAAGAAUGCUGUCUGGGGUGUCUGUGGGACCAAAAUUUUGUCUUUUUGCAGUGACUUUUCUGUUCACAAGACGAUUGAAACAAAGUCUGCAGCAUUAUUGCCUCAACGAUCAUCUUGUGAAUCCAAUAUAAUUUGUGUCGCAGUUGACACCUACAUAUAUGUGGCAAAGAAAUGUAGCCCUUAUGUUGAAAUUUGGGAUAAGAAGACUGAAAACAUAAGUCAAAUACUUGACUGUGCUCACUUCCUAAAGCAAGAGUCUUUGAAACAAAAAUAUCUAAGAAAGGAAGACACAUACACAGCACGUGUAAAAGCUUUAUUUCUUCAAAAGAAUACUGCCCUUUGGGUUGGCACUGGUGGAGGUCAUGUGCUGCUUAUUGGGCUAUCAACACGCUGCCCAAUAAGAAUAAUCUCUAGUUUCUGUGAUUCCAUAAGAAGUAUGGUGCCUACUCAAUUAGACAAAGGAAGCAUAAAGAAUGUUGUGCUUGUUCUGGGAUGUCUUUGUACGCCUCAAAAAGAAAUACAGUCUUUUCUCUCUGUCUGGGAUACAAACCUCCCUCAUGAAGUUAAAAACUUAAAAUCUCACAUUAAAGUAAGAGACGAAAUGGCUGAAAAAAUGAGAGGACUAUCCCAGCACUAAUAAACUCUUGCUCCAUUUGAAGAAUCUUAGCUUUGCAAAUGACGUGUGACUUUGCAACAGUUAAGAAAAAUGUGGUAUUUCUACAGCUGGGACAAGAAGAGAAGACUUGAGAACGUCUGAACAUAAGGAUGAGAUUACAUCCUGGUCAAAGUCGUAUUAAAGAAACCUUUUGUUUUUAUUUUUAUUAUUUGGAACUGUAAUUGCACUUUAAACAUUCAAAUAAGGAAGUAAAAAUAUAUUCUCUGAAUAUGUCAUACUUCUCUAUAAAGUGUUCUAACAAAUGUAUAUUUUUACAUUGAUUGUGCUUAUUGAUGUGAAUCUUUAUGUACAUAAUCUUGUACUUUUUAUUUUUGUAUAAUUACAUCUGAAGUUUAGAAAUCUUUUAUAGGACAACUCAAAAUAUUGAUACACGCUUGUAUUAUUAAAUUAUAUGUUAUUUUUUAAAAACUGAA